AUGUACGCGCGACUGCAGGCGGGACCCCCCCGGAGACACUUCCUGCAGCACAGCCUGCUGUCCGCCGGCCCCGACUGGACCAAGUUCAACUCCUGCCUGCGCCGCAAGAAGGAGGACGGCGGCGGGCUCGGGGGCGGCGGAGGCGGCGGCGGCGGCGGCAUGACGAGCGUCGCGACGGAGCGGCAGGAGCCGGCGGCCGACAGCAUCGGCGAGGGCGCCACGGCGCUCAUGUACGCCUGCCAGCAGAGCCGCGAACAGGAGGCGCGCGCCAUCUUGCUCAAGAAGCCCAACAGACAGUCGGCUGAGUCCUCAGCCCUGUGGGCGCUGUCGAGCACAGAGGUGCUGCACCGCGGCCCGCGGCCCGGCGCGGCGCGCGAGCGGGACCGCACGCUGAAGACGGCGCUGCACUACUGCGCCGAGGCGGCGGACACGGCCUGCGCCGAGCUGCUGCUGGCGCGCGCCCCGGACCUGGCGGCCGCCGCGGACGAGGACGGCUACACGCCGCUGCACCUGGCCGUCAUCGCCGGCAACUCGGCGCUGCUGCGCCUGCUGCUGGCGCGCGGCGCAGACGUCAACUCGCUGGACGGCGAGCGGCACUCCGUCGUGCACUGGGCCACGGUGUGCGGUGAGGUGGAGGCGCUGGAGCUGGUGCUGGAGGCGGGGGCGGCGCCCUCCACGCCGGACAUCCACGGCGGCUACCCGGUGCAUUACGCGGCGCAGAUGUGCGGGCCUAACUCGGAGAUGGGCAACGACGCGCGCUUCGGCCUGCUGGUGCUUCGCGCGCUCCUGGCCCGCGGCGUCGACGUGUCGGUGAGGGACCGCGACGGGCGGCAGCCCAUCCUGUGGGCGGCGAGCGCAGGGAGCGCCGACGCCAUCCUGGCCCUCGUCAACGCCGGCGCCGACGUCGAGGCGGACGACAAGGACGGACUGACAGCCCUGCACUGCGCGGCGUCGCGCGGCCACACGGACUGCGUGGAGACGCUGGUGUCGCUGUGCGGUGCAGAGACGGACGUCAUCGACAGCAACGGCUGCACGGCGCUCUUCUACGCCGCCACGCUCGGCCACGCCGACUGCACCCAGCUGCUGCUGGCGUACGGCGCCGAGCCCAACCGCCAGGACCGCAAAGGGCGCACGCCCGCGCACUGCGGCGCCGCCAAGGGCCAGCUGGAGACGCUGCGCAUCCUGGGCGCGCACGGCGCCGACCUGUGGCUGCGCAACGCGCGCGGCGACUACCCGCUGCACGAGGCCGUGGCGUCGGGACGCAAGGAGCUGGUGCGCUGGCUCCUGGCGCAACGACCCGACGCCGUCAACGCGCCCAACAACGACGGCCGCUGCCCGCUGCACGUCGCCGCCGUCAACAACAACGUCGAGAUGUGCAAGAUCAUCCUGGACGGGCAGGCGCUGCUGAACCCGGUGAUGCGCACGGCCAAGGGCCACCUGAUGACGCCGCUGGACGCGGCCCUGUACCGGGGAAACCGCGGCUGCGCCAAGUACCUGCAGCUGCACGGCGGGGUGCCCGCCAACAAGCUCACCGACAGGACUGCCUCGGUCCGCGGCGGCGCGCACAGGGAGAGGGCUGCGGCGUCGGAAUCGCGCUCCGAGCAGUUCACGACGCCCGAGUGCGGCGCCCCUGGAAGGAUCUCCGCCGUCAGCUCGCCGCUUGCGGACCGCCGGCUGCUGGCGGAGGCGCUGGACCGCUCGCACGCCCUGCAGGUCCGUCUGAACGAGGACGUGGCCAUCCGCCACAUCGAGCGGCUGGACGGCCCCAUAGUGUGCCACCACUACUGCGGCGACUCCAGCGAGGAGGACCGGCGGCGCUGGAGGCGGCGGCGCCGGCGGCGGAGGCGGCGCGGCGACGCCGUCGAGGACGAGGAGGCGCCGAGGAGGCGGCGCCGCGACGAGACGGGCGACGGCCGCAGACGGCGACGGCGGCGCCUCAAGAGCGGCAGCUCGUCCAGCGACCGCAAGACGCGCGACAGCGAGUGCUCGUCCGGCGAGGAGGAAGAGCGCGCCGCGGCGGACAGCGACUCGGCCGGGGACAGCGGCGGGACCGGGAGACGCCGCGGGAGGGCUCAGCGGGAGGAGCAGGGCAGCGACGUCGAGUACGUGACGGUGAAGAAGACCACGAUCAAGACUAAGAAAACGACAUUGAAGAGCAAAACCGACGAGGAGGAGGCGAAAGAAGCUCUCGAAGCCGGAUCAAGAGCUGACGUGGAGAACGAAAAGCUCGGGCUGGAAGUAGAGGAUUCGCUGGUAGAGAGAAGCGAAAGCCGUGAAAGGGAAGUAAUAAAGAAGACAGUAAAAUCCAGCACUGUGAAAGAGAAGAAAGAUAAAGGAAAGCCGAAGGAAACUGUGACGAAGGGGAAGGAGAAGCGCGAGAUGGCAGUAAAGGAAGAGCAAAAAGGCACUGUUAGGGGGAAAAGAGAAACAGCAAUAGGAAGUGCAAGUAAGAAAGUUAAGGAUAAAGGAAGCACAAAGCAGACACCUAAAGGAGACUCUGUUAAACAAAUUGCGGAUGAGAAAGUAGUAAAAAAGAAUGCCGAAGUUGCAUCAGCCGAACUACCAACACUGGCCCAUAGUUCGGCCGAAGAACUCACAUCCAGGACCCACACGCCGUAUUUAAACGACCAGGAGGGUGGUCAGAUCACACACACGGUUGUCACAGCUAUUGUUCAUCAACACGAUGUGAUGGAAGUGGCAGUACAGCAGCAAGUAGGUGAAAACCACCCAUCAGAGGAGAAAGAUGAAGACGAUUACCAAGGAGAAGAAGAGCAGCCAUCGGAGGUGAAAGAAGAUGAUGAUUGUCAAGGAGAAGAAGAGCAGGCAUCGGAGGUGAAAGAAGAUGACGAUUGUCAAGGAGAAGAAGAGCAGCCAUCGGAAGUGAAAGAAGAUGACAAACACCAAGGAGACGAAAAAAAAUUAUCGAAUGAGAAAGAAUACAUUGACGAAAACGCUGUAGAAUAUGUGAAAAGUGCAAAAGAAGAGUCAGAUUUUGAGAAAGAUGUCGACGCACCAGAUCAUGCUGUAAGACGAGGCGAAGAUGCCACACCAGAAGCUUCUGAAAUGGAAAUCCUCGAAAAAGACGCAAAGCCCGCGAAAAUCGAAGUUGAAGAGCCAGCAUCUUCUCAGGCUGCCGUGGAAGAGGGAGAACCUUCCCGUGCACCGGCAGAUGUUUCCGUAGAAACUGGAGAACCCUCGGGCGAUGCGACGUCAGGAGGAGACGCUAAGCCUGCAUGCGAACAAGUAAGUGGAAAGAACGAGACGGAGGUAAGCGACGAUCACGGAGGGCAAGAAAACGAAGAGGUGUUGGAAGAAAGGGGCAAAUUCACGCCAGAAAGAGAGGCGGGCACCCCAGACGUGUCGGGACCGGCGGAGGCUGCCGCGUGUGAGCCGGAGGACAGAUCAGUGGCCGAGGAAGUGAGCAUCCAGGAGGAGGACAGGACGCAGGUGUCGGUGAAGGCCGGGGAAGUGCACACAGACGACGAGGCCCAGGAGCUGGAGAGGGACGAGGAGGAGGAGGCGACCGCCAGCCUCGCGGACCGGGAGAAGGCGGCGAGCGUCGAGACGACCACUAGGACCACCGUCACCUCGUCGCCGACGAGCCGUGGCGAGGACUCGUCCAUGCUGAUGGACUCGGGCUUCGAGCCGUCGCCGCGGCGCGAGAAGGACCAGAGGAGAGGUCGCGUGCCGCGGCUCUGCAGGACCGGCAAGGACGAGCAAGGACCCCCCAUCACCGCCACGUCCGUCACCAGGGCUGUCCAGAACAGCAUGCGCAAGUACCACCUGGAGCGGCAGAUCUUCCAGGAGCUGCUGGAGCUGAAGAGGCUCCAGAUCAGAGCCGGCCGAGCCAACGAGCAGGUGCUGGUGAAGAGGCUGGCCGACGAGUUCGCGAAGACGGGAGUCGACUUCGGCCCCAAGCCGUACGAGGGACCGUACAACUUCAGAACCUUCGAGAAGUACUUGUACGACCAGCUCCGGCUGCUGCAGACCGCGGACCGCGGCCUCGUGCCGCGCCUGCGCUCCUCCGACGACCUGGAGAAGCUGAGCUCGGUGCUGCGCAAGGCGCGCUUCACCAACCGCCUGCGAGGGGACCCGCCGGACGACCCGGCGCUCUGCACGCACGGCACGCACCGCUGCCACCACGCGGCUCACGCCUACACGGGCGUGCCCUGCGCCGCCUACAUCACUAAACUGAACCACCAUCAUGUUGCCAAGGGCCCGGCGGCGGCGCGGGGCGGCUUCCUGCCGCGCAUCGACCCGGGCCUGCCGCGGGGGCUGCGCUACGUGGACCCGUCGCGGCCCGUCACGCUGGAGCUGAGCCGCGGCGCCGACAGGCAGGUGGUGUCGCUGCCCACGGAGCGCCUGGACCGCAACAAGCGCUACUACGUCACCUUCACCAUCAAGGGCGGCGGCAAGGAGGAGGCGGCGGCGCGCGACGGGGACGGCGGCCGCCACCGGCACGCCGAGAGCCUCUGAUGGCCGACCCCCCAGCUCGCACUCCUCGCCCCGCGCAGACGUGACGCGCGGUUCGGGAAAAAAAAAACACUGCCCAAGAUAUGCCCAAGAGGUGUCUGUUGACCAAGACCAUUUAAGAAUAUGUUAAAACAUGUAUUUUCAGGCAUGAAACAUCCGGUGGAGAUUCUUUAAACACUCGAGGGACUUCUGCAUUACGCGUUUAUAUUCAUUUCCCCGCCAUAUACGUAUUAUGGUUACCACUCAGAGAGGGCAUGAAUCAACCCAACUCUAAUUUGUUCUCAAGAAAGGUCGAUCGGAAAACGAGGCACAACUAUCUAUUUCUCUCUCUCUCUCUCUCUCUCUAUAUAUAUAUAUAUAUAUAUAUAUAUAUAUAUAUAUAUAUAUAGAGAGAGAGAGAGAGAGAGAGAGAGAGAGAGAGAGAGAGAGAGCGAGAGAGAGAGAGCAAAGGCGUGGCAUCUGGGGUCCCUGAGACAGCGUGACCCAGCUGUUGGAGUGUUUAACUCCCAAGCUGGCGAGGUUCAAACCCACUUCAUUGUUGUUGUUUUUUUACUACAAGUGUGAAGGUUAAAUGAGAACAGGCAAAACACUGUUAUGAAAUGCACAACAUAAUUUAUUUUUCAAAAAACAUCUCAAAAGUGUGAAAAUGUUUACGCAUUGAUGCUGUCACAGUCAUUUCCUACACAUUUGGUGCACACUUGCAGGUGAUACUUACCAUAAAAAAAACACAUAAAACGUAUGUUCUGUUCGCACCACGUGCAUUGUAUGAAUGUGACAAGUGUUACAUGACUUUUUUUCCCCAUUUAACAAAGACAGAGGGAAGCAGAGUUCGUUAACAUUUUUCGAUGUGACUUGUGGUUCUGUCAGUUUUGCAGCAUACCAAGCAUAUUUCAACAUUUUAGUAAACUUUGGAGCAUUCAGUUGGUGAAGAUCUAAAGAAGUACUAUUUUGAUGGCAUCUUCGUGGGAUGCUAUUUCCCGUUGUCCUUGUUAUAAAAUAGGGGCAUUUUGCAAUAUUUUUAUGAAACGUUUAACCUGGUGGUAAAAAUACACAUUGCAUGGUUAACAAAGAGGCGUAUGCUUUGGUGGAGGGUGCAAGUCACUUCGUCAUUAUCACUGUAGAAAAUCUCAUUGUGAAAAAUGCAAUCAGUUUGCCUGCCCCAUGAAUCAACAAUGACCAAUGAGCAUAGGGGACGAGAAUCGUUCCAAAUAGUCUUUCAUGUUAUCAAUAAAAAAACUGUAAAAUUUUUUUUUUAAAAGUGGGAUUGAACAGAGUCACCAGCAUGUUUGUCAAAACACACUAACCACUGGGCUAGGUUGAAUUAACAAUUUUGGUUGCAGACUUAGGGGUGUCUAGAUUUUGCUUAGUUUUUUAACCGGCUAUUCGUCGAGAAACAAUCAAGAGUUGGAAUUUGUCCUUGACAGGGUGGGUUACAGAGGGAAGUACUUUACUCUCACAAAGGAAUGUCAAAAUCAGUCACCUGAAGUUCGUGCCUUCCCCUUGUUAGAGGAGAUAUCGUGCGAGAAACACCAGCGAGCAUCCCACUUUUCACCAAACACCAACAGGUGGCACUUCAAAAACGUGGCUUCACCAAAAUAAAACACCAGGGCAAAGUUACUAAAAAUGCCCCCCCCCCCCCCCUCCCAAUAUAUAUAUUUAUUUAUAUAAACCCUUGCGCAUAAGACAACUAAGUGUUUAGGGGACAAUCUCAUGAAAAUCUUUGUACAUUAAAAAUAAACACUUACACGUGCAACAUCACAAGUUUAUAAUCUCGUCUGGCCACACAUGCAAAGCUACAUUUGAUGGAAAAUUAUAAAUACUACAAUUAUGUUUAAAGCGAGCUCAAGUAAUUUUUUUUACGUAUUUAAUAUCUAUAGAUUUCAACUGUAAGCAACCAGUUAUCCUGUGGACAGUGGGAUGGAUCGACUUUGAAGAAAAUAGUAACACUGAAAAACCCAACAAAAAUCAAAAAUUACAUUUUGUUUAAAAAUAUCACGAAAACAUUAAUCACGAUCGAAAUUUUUAUAAUUAUUUACGUAGUUAAAAUACUGAACCUUUUUUAAGCCCGAGUGAUAAAACAGAUGCUGUAACAGGUUUUUCCAUGAACUAUUUGCAAGAUACCAAACUAGGAGACACUAUUGAAGGAUAACAUGUUACAAAAAAAAUUAGCAAUAUAAUUUACCCCUCCAAAUUAUACCAAGAACAAGUUAUAAAAGAAGUGUUGGAUAUAUUGUCUUCCGCUGGAUUGUUCUUCCUUAUUGUAACACAGCAGAUGAUGCUGCAUAAAGUAUAUUUUUUGCAGCUGUUACAGGAUAUCAAAUAAUUGUUGUGAUUAUCAAGCAUGAUUCUAAACUUACAAUGUGGUAUUCACAAAUUUAUCCUCACCGUUUGGAAACUUCGCAUAUUUUAAAAAUUUGACUGGAUUAGUUUUCAGGCCAAAAAGUGUGCAUAAACACUCGACUCAUAAUGGACAAUUGACAGAAACUGUGAACAAGUUCUAAAACUCUUUACUCACAAAAAAAUAGCUUUUUUUUAAUUAUUAUUCCUCUUGACAUGUCAAAAUAUGUGUGCAAUUGUGCCUUGCGAAAAUACACUAUGCCCAUUGAAAUAAAUAGGUAACUGUUGGGACUGUUGUGAUGUUAGCGGUAACCUGAUGUUGUCAACAAUUGUAUUAAGUGUCCUUAUGUUUGAAGGAAAACCCUUCGUCAUUGCUGUAAAGUGUUUUUAAAAUAAAAUUUUACUGAAAUUUA